GCGCGGCGCGCGGCCUCCGGGUGCCUAGGCUCGGGCCGGGCGGCGACGCCUCAUUCGCGCGGAGCCGCGCCGGGACACGGUCGGCGGCAACAUGAACAGCAUCAAGAACGUGCCGGCGCGGGUGCUGAGCCGGAGGCCGGGCCACAGCCUGGAGGCCGAGCGCGAGCAGUUCGACAAGACGCAGGCCAUCAGCAUCAGCAAAGCCAUCAACAGCCAGGAGGCCCCUGUGAAGGAGAAGCAUGCCCGGCGCAUCAUUCUGGGCACUCACCAUGAGAAGGGGGCCUUUACCUUCUGGUCCUAUGCCAUUGGCCUGCCACUGCCCAGCAGCUCCAUCCUCAGUUGGAAGUUCUGCCAUGUCCUUCACAAAGUCCUCCGAGAUGGACACCCCAAUGUGCUGCAUGACUGCCAGCGGUACCGGAGCAACAUACGUGAGAUCGGCGACCUGUGGGGGCACCUUCGUGACCAGUAUGGACACCUGGUGAAUGUCUACACCAAACUGUUGCUGACCAAAAUCUCCUUCCACCUCAAGCACCCUCAGUUUCCUGCAGGCCUGGAGGUAACAGACGAGGUGCUGGAGAAGGCAGCCGGAACUGAUGUGAAUAACAUUUUCCAGCUUACCGUGGAGAUGUUUGACUACAUGGACUGUGAACUGAAGCUUUCUGAAUCUGUUUUCCGGCAGCUCAACACAGCCAUCGCGGUGUCUCAGAUGUCCUCCGGCCAGUGCCGCUUGGCCCCCCUCAUCCAGGUCAUCCAGGACUGCAGUCACCUUUACCACUACACCGUGAAGCUCAUGUUCAAGCUGCACGCCUGUCUCCCAGCAGACACCCUGCAAGGCCACAGGGACCGGUUCCACGAACAGUUUCACAGCCUCAAAAACUUCUUCCGCCGAGCCUCGGACAUGCUGUACUUUAAGAGGCUCAUCCAGAUCCCAAGACUACCCGAGGGACCCCCCAAUUUCCUGCGGGCUUCAGCCCUGGCCGAGCACAUCAAGCCUGUGGUGGUGAUCCCAGAGGAGGCCCCGGAAGAUGAGGAGCCUGAGAACCUCAUUGAGAUCAGCAGUGCGCCCCCUGCUGGGGAGCCGGUGGUGGUGGCUGACCUCUUUGAUCAGACUUUUGGACCUCCCAAUGGCUCCAUGAAGGAUGACAGGGACAUCCAGAUUGAGAACUUGAAGAGAGAGGUGGAAACCCUCCGUGCUGAGUUGGAGAAGAUCAAGAUGGAGGCCCAGCGGUACAUCUCACAGCUGAAGGGUCAGGUAAACGCUCUAGAGGCAGAGCUGGAGGAACAGCGGAAACAGAAGCAGAAGGCCCUGGUGGACAACGAGCAGCUGCGGCACGAGCUGGCCCAGCUGAAGGCCAUGCAGCUGGAAGGUGCCAGGAACCAGAGCCUGCGAGAGGAGGCAGAGAGGAAAGCCAGUGCCACGGAGGCGCGCUACAGCAAGCUGAAGGAGAAGCACAACGAACUCAUUAACACGCAUGCCGAGCUGCUGAGGAAGAAUGCAGACACAGCCAAGCAGCUGACGGUGACACAGCAGAGUCAGGAAGAGGUGGCGCGGGUGAAGGAGCAGCUGGCCUUCCAGAUGGAACAAGUGAAGCGUGAGUCCGAGAUGAAGAUGGAGGAGCAGAGUGACCAGUUGGAGAAACUCAAGCGGGAGCUGGCGGCCAAGGCAGGAGAGCUGGCCCAUGCACAGGAGGCCCUGAGCCGCACAGAGCAGAGUGGGUCAGAGCUGAGCGCACGGCUGGACACAUUGAAUGCAGAGAAGGAGGCCCUGACUGGAGCCAUGCGGCAGCGGGAAGCAGAACUGCUGGCUGCCCAGAGCUUGGUGCGGGAGAAGGAGGAAGCACUCAGCCAAGAGCAGCAGCGCAGCUCCCAGGAGAAGGGCGAGCUGCAGGGGCGGCUGGAAGAAAAGGUGUCGCAGGAACAGGGGCUGCGGCAGAAGCUGCUGGAUGACCAGUUUGCAGUGUUGCGCAGCGCUGCUGCUGAGGCGGAGGCCAUUCUGCAGGAUGCAGUGAGCAAGCUGGAUGACCCCCUGCAUCUGCGCUGCACCAGCUCCCCAGACUACUUGGUGAGCCGGGCCCAGGCAGCCCUGGACACGGUGAGUGCCCUGGAGAAGGGCCACAGCCAGUACCUGACCUGCUCUGAAGAUGCUUCUGCCCUGGUGGCAGCACUGACCCGCUUCUCCCAUCUGACCGCGGACACCAUCGUCAAUGGUGGCGCCACCUCCCACCUUGCCCCCACUGACCCUGCCGACCGCCUGAUUGACACUUGCAGGGAAUGUGGAGCCCGGGCUCUAGAGCUCAUGGGCCAGCUGCAGGACCAGACAAUGCUACCAAGGGCACAGCCCAGCCUAAUGCGGGCCCCCCUGCAGGGUCUUCUUCAGCUGGGCCAGGACCUGAAGCCCAAGAGCCUGGAUGUGCGGCAAGAGGAGCUUGGGGCCAUGGUUGACAAGGAGAUGGCAGCCACCUCUGCAGCCAUUGAGGACGCUGUGCGGAGGAUUGAGGACAUGAUGAACCAGGCCCGCCAUGAGAGCUCAGGGGUAAAGCUGGAGGUGAAUGAGAGGAUCCUCAACUCCUGCACAGACCUCAUGAAGGCCAUCCGGCUCCUUGUGAUGACCUCCACCAGCCUGCAGAAGGAAAUCGUGGAGAGCGGCAGGGGGGCAGCCACGCAGCAGGAAUUUUAUGCCAAGAACUCUCGGUGGACCGAAGGCCUCAUCUCCGCCUCUAAGGCAGUGGGCUGGGGAGCCACACAGUUGGUGGAGUCGGCUGACAAGGUGGUGCUUCACAUGGGUAAAUAUGAGGAGCUCAUCGUUUGCUCUCACGAGAUUGCAGCCAGCACAGCCCAGCUGGUGGCAGCCUCCAAGGUAAAAGCUGACAAACACAGCCCCCACCUGAGCCGCCUGCAGGAGUGCUCCCGCUCUGUCAACGAGAGGGCCGCUAACGUGGUGGCCUCCACCAAAUCCGGCCAGGAACAGAUCGAGGACAGAGACACCAUGGAUUUCUCCGGCCUGUCCCUCAUCAAGCUGAAGAAACAGGAGAUGGAGACACAAGUGCGGGUCCUGGAGCUGGAGAAGACACUGGAGGCAGAGCGUGUACGGCUCGGGGAACUGCGCAGACAGCACUAUGUCCUGGCCGGGGUGAUGGGGACACCUGGAGAGGAAGAACCCAGCAGACCCAGCCCAGCUCCCCGGAGUUCAACCACCAAGAAGCCACCCUUGGCUCAGAAACCCAGCAUAGCCCCCAGGCCAGACAACCAGCUCAGCUCAAAGGACGGCAUCUACCCAGCUCAACUUGUGAACUACUAGGCCUUGAGUGUCCAGCGGACGGCUGCUGGUCAUGCUGGGCCUUACGUAGCUGUCUGGCCAUGGUCAAGGGGCCUCUGAGAGGCUUGAACUCCUGCACCUGGAGCCCAAAACAGCCUUCACCAGCCCAAGGGGUCUUGGCUCCUUGGGGUAGUUGAUCUGGAUUUGAGUCUAUUUAUCUUAGUAGGAACUGCCCAGAGCAGCCGGGACGGCAGGCCUGAGCCACAACCGCAGCUAACAUCUGGGACAGUGUGAAUAUGUUAGUCCUCCCUACUGAGUCUAGUCCGCACACUGGGGACAGGUCACACACCAGGAGCUGUCCUGCUUCUGAGCUCCAAAGUCUGAGGCUGUAAGUGGACGGAAAAGAGAGGGUCCCCUGCUGGCUUUUGGGGAUGAGGGGGGUGACCUGUGACCCUUGAGGGAGAGAAGGUAGGCUAGGCUGUAUCAUCCUCUGGGGGCCUGGUGCUAGGGCAUCCAUGCUCAGAGUCCCAGGAAACCAGGCUUUGUGUGGGAACCUGGCCACAGGGUGGCCGGGGCUGCUGCUGGGCUGUGCCUGGAGCAGCCCUGGCUCAGGUGCUGCCUCUGUGCGUGAGUUUCCAUUCCCAGCUGGACUCUGAGCCACCCUCCCACUUCCUGUUUUCCCUUCUCCUGGCCUGGCUGCCUUCACUAGUAUGGCUGCUUAUCACCCACCUUUGUGGGUAGAUUUCAGUCCUCCUGAAGCUGGGGACUUUCAGCUCAGUAAGAAGCUAAAACAGACAGAAGCCACAGCCCACCUUUUUGGGGGCUCAGAAAUUCCUGUGGGGCCCCCAGGUGGAGCAGCCCAGACUUGGAGGCCUGGCCUUGCCUGUCCCUGACAGUUGGAAUAAAUCUGUUUCUUAAGCCUGUGAGGGGGAAUAGUUGCGGGUAGGGAUAUCCAUACCGAUAGCAGCUGAGCUGGAGAGGUGCCCAGCCUCCCUCCAGUUGCCUGCCCUGUGCCCUGGAAAAGCUACCAACCAUGGGCCAAGGUUCAGGACUGUGGGAGGGAGCCAGUUCCUUUGCUCUGUGUCUAGUAUUCUGUGUUUGAAUUCCAUUGGCAAUAAAACACUGUUGUCACCAGUGCCCUAGUGAGGGCCUGUGCCAGGUUUUUCAUUUUUCCAGAGAUGCACACUUCUCUGGCCCUGUGCAGGUGUCUGCAGUUGACAUUAGAACCCGAGGACACGAAGAGUCUUGCUAGUACAGUUAUCACCGGUCACCAGUCCGUCUUCCUGCAGACUGCUGUAGCAUGGGCUGAACUAGCCAUCAUCACCCUCCCAUCCUCCCAAGGCUUCCCUGAGACCACUGCUAUUCCAGCCUGGAAGCUGCUAGGGCCUCACCAGUGGUUAACACCGGGGCACUAAUCUGAGACCAUUUGGUUACAGUUGGCAGUUUCUAGACUUCUAGUGUCUGAGCUGGUGGGCGAGGACCUUGACCUCCAGGCUCCAGAGGUCACUCCACUCAACCUGCAGCCCAGCAGAGGUGGCUGGGGCCCCAUGCCCACACUCAGCAUUUAUAGAAGAGCGUAUGCUAUUGGGGCAGGCAAGCUUCCUGGGCAGCAGAGUAGAAGCCUGUGUGUUCCAGUGCUUUGCACAUUGAUCUCCAGUGUGAGGCUAAUGGAGCUGGCUGCCGGGUUGGAAUCAUGUUUUUAUAGAAUUUCAAAUGCUUCUUUAGAGUAUUCAUGUGUACAAACCAGAGAAAAUUGGUCCAAACUGGCCAGUGAUCCAAAGGGUCCACCUGACCUUGCAUUCUGGGGCUCCAACCAGGAACUGGAGACCAGUCACCAAUCAACCCCACCUCUCCAAAUCAUUCCCCAGCCUCUGGUCACAUGCAUCUCCUGUCAUAACCAUAGGGCUGUGUAUGUGAGCAUCUUCCUCAGAAGAGGUCAUGGGAUGCUACAGCGUUGCUCUUGGGUCACAUCCCUUGUAGGGGCCUUGUGGUCCAGACACACAGCUCAGCAAUGGUCAGCAGAGCGUAGGCGACAAGGUACAAGCUCAACCAGGUCAGAAACAUUUCUCUUUUACUGCUAUCUUCAGGCAGGCACCUGAAGGCACAGGAGGCAGCACACAGUGGGGCUUGGUGUGGGAGGGGACACUUUCUUGAAACAAAAUGUUAGCCCCUAAAACCUAGCACCUGAAACCGCCGGUGUCCUAGCUAUUUCAUCAUCUGUGGCACAGAGACCAAGGAUGGCUAGUGCCUUGAAGUCACCCUCAGCGCUAUGGCUGCAAUCCCAAACACACAGUCCUAUGUCAGAAACAUUUUUCUGUUACUGCUAUCUGACUUACACAAGCCCUACCUGGAGAGGAUGGUGGUGUUGCACGCCUUUAAACCCGGCACUCAGGAGGCAAAG